AGCAUGUGAUGAUGUACACAAACCAAGUUGGGCCUGUUUGUGUGGUUUGUGCAAGUGUGUGUGUGUUUGUGUGUGUGUGUGUGUUUGUGUGUGUGUGUGUGUUCCCUUUAGUGCUGGAAACACAGUGCGCAGUUUCAGCAGUGUUCAAGAGCUGCUGUGCCAUUGCUAGUAUUUGCUUUUUCUCUGCCUAGAGACUCAACUUCAAGGCAAGCAUGAGUUACAGGACUGUGGUGAUGUACAUGGAGAUUGGCUGCUUUAUUGUCUGUGUAUUUGGAUGGAUCCUGGUGUGCUCCACCAUGCCCACAGAGAUCUGGACAUGGUCUGAGGUAGACAGCAUAGUCUUGACCACUUCAAACUACUUCUCCAACCUGUGGAAGGAUUGUAUAUCUGAUUCAACUGGAGUUUCUGACUGCAAAGGAAUUCCAUCAAUGCUUGCACUAAACUGGGACAUACAUAUGUGCCGUGCUCUCAUCAUCAUCUCUAUUAUCCUGGCUUUUUUUGGAUCAGUGCUGGUCCUGGUGGGAAUGAAGUGCACUAAAGUUGGAGGAUCAGAGAUUGUUAAUGCAAGAGUAACCUUUGCUGGUGGAAUGAACUACCUUAUCGGAGGUCUGUGUUCAAUGACCGCUUUCUCUUACUAUGGAAACAAAAUCAGAGCAGAAUUUCAGGACCCAAACUACAAAGCUCAGAAGUUUGAAAUAGGUGUUGGUGUCUUUAUUGGCUGGGGAGGCUCCACUUUACUUGUUGUUGGAGGCCUUAUUUACAGUAUCUUUGCAGGGAGGGAAGGAUUCGACUCAAGUCCUAAAAAAUACCCUGACUACCAGUUGCCUAAGGACUACAGAAGUGUUGCAACAAAAAAGAGUAUUGCGUCUGUGGCAAUUACAGCGACAUCUUAUGGAAGAAAAUCAAGGACCACCACCAGUGAUAGUAUUGGGAGCAGGAUUUCCGAGAUUACUUCUACCACAUCCACAUCCGCCACAAAUGCAUAUGUAUGACUUUAUUUCAAAGGUUGAAAAAAAGAUGAAAUACAUGGUUGGGCUUAUCAUUAGAUUUAUUUUAAAUUAUAAAAUGUUUUCCACCGCAGACACAUUCACAAAUAAGGAAUGGCUCUGUGUCCCAAAAUCUGUGUAUUAGUUAUUUCGAUAUGUUGCUGUUGUAGUGAACUAUUUAUCAAAUAAAUAGUUUGAACAAUGUAUAUAUUAACAUAUCAUAAAUAUUGUAAGAUGUUUUGGAAAUUUGCAAUAACACGCUGAAAAAAAUAUUUAUAUAUUACACUUUGUUUCCCCCGGACCAU